AUGCGGCGAGGACCGGCCGCAUCCUCCCGUCCCGCCGCAUCCUCCCAGCUCGCCGCAUCCUCCCUCCCGUCCCGCCGGGAGGAGCCGCUGACGCCAUCGCGGCGCGCCCGGCGGGCCAUGGCGGCGGAGACGGCGGCGGUGCGGGUGGCGGUGCGGGUGCGGCCGCUGCUGCCCCGGGAGGCGCUGCGGGGACACCGGUCCUGCCUGCGGGGCGAUGCCGCCACCGGCGAGGUGGCGCUGGGCCGCCGCCGGUUCCGCUUCGCCGCCGUGCUGCCCGAGGCGGCGGGGCAGGCGGCCGUGUACCGGGCCUGCGUCCAGCCGCUGCUGCGCGCCUUCUUCCGCGGCUUCAACGCCACCGUCUUCGCCUACGGACAGACCGGCUCCGGCAAGACCUACACCAUCGGGGAGGCCAGCGUCGCUUCCAUCAAUGAAGAUGAACAGGGCAUCAUCCCACGAGCCAUGGCUGAGACCUUCAGGCUCAUCGAUGAGAAUGACCUGAUCGACUACACAGUCCGAGUGUCCUACCUGGAAGUGUACAAGGAGGAGUUUCGGGACUUGCUGCAGGUGGAUACAGCCAGCAAAGACAUCCAGAUCCGGGAGGAUGACAAGGGGAACAUUGUGCUCUGCGGUGUGAAGGAAUCAGAAGUGGAAGGGCUGGACGAGGUGCUGAGCCUGCUGGAGAUGGGGAACACAGCCAAGCACACGGGAGCCACCCACAUCAACAGGCAGUCGAGCCGCUCGCACACCAUCUUCACAGUGACCAUGGAGCAGCGGCGUGGGGCCGGCCGGCUGCCCCUGCACCACCGCCCGCCCGCCGUGCCUGCCGCCGGACAGGUCCUGGUGUCCAAGUUUCAUUUCGUGGACCUGGCGGGCUCAGAGCGAAUUGUGAAGACGGGAAACACAGGGGAGAGGCUGAAGGAGAGCAUCCAGAUCAACUGUGGCCUCCUGGCCUUGGGCAACGUCAUCAGUGCCUUGGGAGAUCCUCGGAGAAAGACCACCCACAUCCCGUACAGGGACUCCAAAAUCACCAGGAUCCUGAAAGACUCUCUGGGAGGGAAUGCCCAGACCGUGAUGAUAGCCUGUGUCAGCCCAUCAUCCUCUGACUUCGACGAGAGCCUCAACACGCUGAACUACGCCAGCCGGGCUCAGAACAUCCAGAACAAGGCGGUGGUGAACUGCCGCAAGGAGACGGAGCACAUCGAGGAGCUGCACCUGCAGAUACAGAACCUGCAGAAGGCGCUGGAGCAGCGGCAGCGCUCCGAGACCCGCAUCAUCCACCGCUCGGGAAGCGCCAAGCGCGGCGCGCCGGACGCCACGGCGCGGCUGCUGGCCGAGUGCGCCCACUACCGCACCUGCACCGACGCCGCGUACCGGCUGCUCACCGAGCUCCAGGAGGACGGCAGCCUGAGCCUGGAGCAGAUCCUGCGCGUUAAGGAGUGGCUGUGCGCCGUGGAGAGCGAGAGGAGCGAGCUGACCUCGGCCGGGCUGGAUAGCGGCAUUGAGAGCACCUCCAUGGAGGACCAGGGACUGGAGGCACAAGGUUCAAAGCUAGCAAAAGCCCAGGCGAGCACUGAGAAGAAGUGUGAGUCCAUCAAAGAUGAGCAGGUGGCCAAGCUGCAGAGGCAAGUAGAGCGCCUGGAGGAGGAGAACCGUGAUUUCCUGGCUGCCCUGGAGGAUGCUAUGGAACAGUAUAAGCUGCAGAGUGACAAACUGCAGGAGCAGCAGGAUAAGAUCUCAGAGCUGCACGUGCGCUUGGAGAUGGCAAUGCCAAACCUGUGUGUGCCAGGACUGCUGGAAAAUCUUCACCUGGUGACUGCCAGCCAGAGACCUCACACAGCCCCACUGGAUGCUGCCCCAUCCCAUUGCCUUGGUGGGGUUCCCUCAGGGCUGCUUUCUGAGCAGAGUGGAAGAGCUCUUUGCAAGAAGAAGCUCAGCAGUAGCUCCUCCUUGCAGAAGGAGGAGCCAGCAGGCUGGCACCCAAACCACGCACAGCGCCUGAGCGGCGAUCCUGAGGUCAGAGAGGUGGUGCUGAGGAGGGAGCUCAGCCAGGACUCAGAGAAGCCAUCAGAACUAUCCUCAGGAGAGGAGAUGGAGGAAUGGGAACAGAAACAGUCCCUGUCCCAGUGCCGAAAUGGGAUCCAAAAUUUGAGCAAGAAGGAGAUUUUCAAGUUGAGCGAGGAGCCAAGUGGAGGCAAUGCCCACUCAAUACAGGAGGAGCAGCUGGAGCUGUCAAAAGAGGUCUGUGGGAAGCAGGAGUCACUGCUUGGUUCCUGGGAGCGCAUGGCAGGGAAGGACUCUGAGUGGAGGCUGGUGCAAGCACAGCAGAAGAUUCGAGAGCUGGCAAUCAACAUCCGCAUGAAGGAGGAACUGAUCACGGAGCUCAUUAAGACAGGCAAGGACGCCCAGGCUCUGAACAGGCAGUACAGCCAGAAGAUCAGUGAGCUGGAGCAGGAAGCAGAGCAGGUGCGGGCAGAGCUGAGCGACAGCCAGAAGCAGCUCCAGGAGCUGGAGGGCAAAGAGCCGUGGGACCCAGGGGAGAAGCGCAAGCUGCAGGAAUUCCGCACACGCGUGGCGGCCGCGCAGAGCAAGGCACAGGUUCUGUGCAGGAAGAAGCAGGCGACAGAGAGGCUGGUGUCGCUGUCGGCACAGAGCGAGAAGCGCGUGCAGGAGCUGGAGAGGAACAUCCAGCUGAUGCGGCGGCAGCAGGGGCAGCUGCAGAGGCGGCUGCGAGAGGAGAGCGAGCAGAAACGGCGGCUGGAGACAGAGGUGAACAAGGGACAGCACCGAGUCAAGGAGCUGGAACUGAAGCACGAGCAGCACCAGAAAAUCCUGCGCAUCAAAACAGAGGAAAUUGCGGCUUUCCAGAGGAAGCGGCGGAGUGGCAGCAAUGGUUCUGUGAUCAGCCUGGAGCAGCAGCAGAAAAUUGAGGAACAGAAGAAGUGGCUGGACAUGGAAAUGGAUAAAGUUCUCGAGCAGCGCCGGGCCCUAGAUGAGCUGGAAGAUGAGCUGAGGAAGCGAGAAGCUAUUGUGGCCAAAAAAGAAGCCCUGCUGCAGGAGAAGAAUGGCCUAGAGAGCAAACGGCUGCGCUCCAGCCAGGCCCUGACAGAUGACAUAGUGCGUGUGUCCAGCCGCCUGGAGCACCUGGAGAAGGAGCUGAGUGAGAAGAACGGGCAGCUGCGCCACGGCAGCGCCCACGACCAGCAGCAGAUCCGCCAGGAGAUCAACAGCCUGCGCCAGGAGAAGGACCAGCUGCUCAAACAGAGGCUGGAGCUCGACAACAAGCUGCGCCAGGGCACGCUGCUGUCCCCAGAGGUACCUCUGCUGGGGCUGGGGAGCAGGAGGUUGUAGGACAGAAGUAAGGAGCAUGAGGUCAUUGGCAGAUGCUCCCCUGCAUCCCAAACUGCAUUUCUCAGCUUCUCACCAACACUAUUGACAUGACAAGGAAGGUUAGGGCAGGGUGAGACAGAGCAAACCCUUUGCUCCUCAGUAACUACAGCUCUGCCCUGGCAGGAAGAACGGAUCUUGUUCCAGCUGGAUGAGGCAAUCGAGGCUCUGGAUGCAGCCAUAGAGUACAAGAAUGAGUCCAUCACGUGCAGGCAGCGAGUCCUGCGGGCCUCAGCCAGCCUGCUGUCCCAGUGUGAGAUGAACCUCAUGGCCAAGCUCAGCUACCUCUCCUCCUCUGAGACACGAGCUCUGCUCUGCAAGUACUUUGACAAGGUGGUGACACUGCGAGAGGAUCAGCACAGGCAGCACAUUGCCUUCUCAGAGCUGGAGAUGCAGCUGGAGGAGCAGCAGCAGCUGGUGUACUGGCUGGAGGCAGCCGUGGAGCGCCAGCGCCUGGAGAUGGACCGCCAGCUCACCCUGCAGCAGAAGGAGCACGAGCAGAACAUGCAGCUACUGCUGCAGCAGAGCCGUGAGCACAUGGACGAGGGGCUGGCCAGCAGCAAGCUGCAGUAUGAGGCGAGGAUUCAAGUGCUGGAAAAGGAGCUGAGCCGUUACAAGUGGGCAAACCAGGAGCUGAACCAGAGACUGAGUAACAUGAACCUCCACCCUGGGCAGACCAAAGCAGGGAUGGAGAGAAGCAUUCAUGGGGCUGGGGACAGAGGUGCCCCUGAGCUUGGCACCUGUGAGGAACUGAGCCUCAGGGAGCAGCCCGUGCCUCCAGCUGAAGAGAGCCCUCGGGCCAGGGAGGACAGCAGGGACCUGGUGCACGCCCCUUUGCCCUCGACAUGGAGGCGUUCCUCGCUGCCCAGCGACAGCCCCGGCGACCCUCGGCAGAGGGACACAGAGCACUCGCUGCGAGCAGGGCAGCCCCACGAGCUGCUCCCACCACGGAGCCUGGCUCCUGCUCCCAAACCCCGCCGGGAGCUGCGCAGAGCCAGCCUCAACAUGAGCCCAGUGCCUUAUCACCCAGCCAUGAUAGAUGUGAGGAAAAACCCGCUCUAGAGCCAGGCUUAGCACUCACCUGGCACAGGGCAGGGAGCAGCAGCUAUUGCUGAUGGGAGUCUGAGAGCCCUCCUGCCCCACAAGCCAGCCUGGCUACAACCCUGUUACAUUUCAGAGGCCUGCAGAAGAGAAAGAUGUGACUUGUUACCAUGAGGGAGUUGAGUGUGUGAGGUUGGGAGACCAACCUGCAUUUUACAUGUUGCUGCCAGUCCAGGCAGCACUGACAGGAUGCUUUUCCUCUGCUCCCUCAGCAGCUUAAACACUGUGAAGCAGGAGACACUUUCCUUCCAGGCCUCUUAACACUAAAAACUUGUUUACAAUGUGGAAUUCUCAGCUGAAGGGCUUGCUCAGCCCUGGCAGCCUCGGAGGGAGAUGCUCUGCAAUCCUGCAGAAUUUGUACAUACAUUUUUGUAGUAACUUCGGGUUUUUUACAUUUCUACUGUAACUUUUCUAAUAAAGCAGAGUGAGUUUUAUGAAA